UGACGUGACGCUGACGGCGACGACAGGCGUAGCAAAACCCGGAAGAGAUAGAGAAACUCGAGCGGAGACACAUAAACAAACAAAUCGAGCUGAAAAACAAAUCAAAUCAACCAAGCAGAGCUUUCAAAAGCGCGGCGGACAGUAACAUGGACGACACACUCUUCCAGCUAAAGUUCACGUCCAAGCAGCUGGAGCGUCUGGCCAAAAAGGCAGAGAAGGACUCCAAAGCCGAGCAGGCCAAAGUGAAGAAGGCGCUACAGCAGAAGAACGUGGAGUGUGCUCGUGUGUACGCAGAGAAUGCCAUCCGUAAGAAGAACGAGGGUCUGAACUGGCUGCGUAUGGCGUCUCGUGUGGACGCGGUGGCCUCCAAGGUCCAGACGGCUGUCACCAUGAAGGGGGUGACGAAGAACAUGACGCAGGUGACCAAGGCACUGGACAAGGCCCUGAACUCCAUGGACCUGCAGAAGGUGUCGGCCGUGAUGGACAAGUUCGAGACGCAGGUGCAGAAUCUGGACGUGCACACCUCGGUGAUGGAGGACUCCAUGAGCUCCGCCACCACCCUGAGCACUCCCCAGGAGCAGGUGGACGACCUGAUCCUGCAGAUCGCCGAGGAGAGCGGCCUGGAGGUGGAGGACCAGCUGAGCCAGCUGCCCGCCGGAGCCUCGUCGCUGGGAGAGACGUCCACGCGCUCACAGGAGAAGGAGGACCAGCUCUCCAGACGGUUGGCAGCUUUACGUAACUGAUGGUGCUCGGACGUUUCCUGCGUGGAGGACUUUAUCAGGCCGCUGGUUUUUAUAUCCUGGUCCACUGACGCACAUUAUGCCCCCGCACUUCACGAGGAACACGUGCGCUAUCUCUUUAUUUCUCGGUGUCUCUUUCGUCAAACGUGACUGUAUCCAUGGAAAGAGCACAAGUCAUUUCCCCUCUUUACUUCUGGACGAGAAAGAUCAGGAAGCUCUUUCUACUCUUCUCCGCAAGGCUUCUUGGGUUUUUGCUGGCACUGCGUUUGUAUAUUUAUUUAUCCAGAGAGGGAUCCGUUGAUAGGUUGACGUUAGCAGCGCUGGUGGUGUAGUGUGUGUGUGUGAACACUCAUGGUUUGCCUUACCCCGUGUGAGUAGAGUGCUUCUUGAGUUCAGUGCCUCCGUCAGACCACAAGAGUCCAUGAAUCCAGUCCACACACACACACACACACACACGUGCCACAGCGUAAGAGGAAAUCUGCAGUGGAUCAGCUCGGUGUAGGGUUAGAUCACUUUCUCCGGGUGGUUUUCUUGUGCGCGUUUAUCAUGUAAAUAAAUCCAAUCGUUCUGACACAGAUCUUAUCUGGCAUGUUCCAGUGCCGCUGUGCUCAUUCUUAGGCAUCUUAGUCUGUAAGUAACAUCUGAUCUGAAGAGGCAGGUUCUCGGUGUCUGAUUCUGAGCUCAUGCGAGCGUCGUGAGACCGGUCUGUCAUUACCAUCCAGGACAACUCCACCGUGAGAUGAUUGAGAAGGUCUAAUCAGAGGAGAAGGUGAAAUCAGAGUGUCUCUUCUAGUUAUUCUUGCCGUAAAUAACUAGAUGUUAGAAGUUUUCCACUACACACACACGCGCGCUUUGUUACCGUUACUGUAUGUUUAUUGAAUGCAAGCAUAUAAUAAAUUUUCUGAUCUUU